CGGCGCCGGGGAAUCUGCUGAACAAACACGGGGCAGGCCCGCAACUCCUGUUCUUUACCCCACGGUGGUUGCCGACGGGUGUUGCCUUCCAGCCAUCAUCAUGCCUUGCUCGCCAUCACCACUUCUCGCACAGCCAGCUGCCUCUCGGGUCCUUCUUGUCUCGCAACAUCUCUCCUCGGCCCCCCGCCAGACAACUCCGUCCUCAGCCACAUCACCGUCCCUCCCAGACUCGCCAGCAACCACAAUGGCUCCCGCCCGGAAACUCCUCUACCCCACUUCGCUUGCUCUCGAUGUCCAGAGCCUCGAGGGCUUCUCCUUCGAAUUGCAGCCGUACGAUGUCAAGCAGCCCAUCCCCGAGGAGCACACAGACGCCGAGGUGCUCGUCACAUGGUGCAACUCGGCCGACAACCUCGCGGACGCUGCGAAGCGGCUCAAGAACGUCAAGUGGAUCCAGUCGCUUGCCGCCGGUCCCAAUGACGUCCUCGCCGCCGGCUUCCCAUCCUCGGUAAAGGUCACCACCGGCUCUGGCUGCCAUGACCACACCGUCGCCGAGCACACGCUCGGCCUGCUGCUCAACGCCGCCCGCCGCUUCUUCGAGAUGCGCGACUACCAGGUCCAGUCCAAGUGGCCCCAGCACCUCGGCGGCGCCCAGCCCGACCGCCCCAAGGGCAAGUUCACCUCCCUGCGCGACGCCAACGUGCUCAUCUGGGGCUACGGCAACAUUGCAAAGACGCUCGCGCCCUGGCUCACAGCCAUGGGCGCCAAGGUCUGCGGUGUCGCCCGGUCCCAGGGUGUCCGCAACGGCGUCGAGGUGUACGGCGAGGACAAGCUGCCCGAGCUGCUCGCCGAGACGGACGCGCUUGUCAUGAUCCUGCCCGGCUCCGCCUCGACCAACAACGCUCUCAACGCCGAGCGCCUCAAGCAGCUGCCCAAGCACGCGUGGGUCGUCAACGUCGGCAGAGGAACCGCCAUCGACGAGGAGGCCGUGUACCAGGCGCUCGUGUCGGACUCGAUCGGCGGUGCCGCGCUCGACGUCUUUGUCAAGGAGCCCCUGCCCACCGAGUCGAAGCUGUGGACGGCCCCCAACACCAUCAUCAGCCCACACGCUGCCGGUGGUCGGCCGCAGGGCGCCGAGGAGCUGAUCACAUAUAAUCUGCGCCGGUUCAUCGCUGGCCAGGAGCUGCGGAACAUUGUAUGAGCCAAGAGGAAGCAGAAAAGGAGGUUUGGGCUGAUCCACGGGUACAUAGAAGUAAAUGCAGUCAAAACAAACGUCGAACCAUAUCUGACAAUAAGCUCAUGCGACUGUGGAGUACAAGCAUCUU